AUGGGAGCUCAGAAGGCGCUUAUUGUCGAGUUCGAUAUCCUGCAGGAUCCGCACAGCUCCGACUACUACACUUUUCUGUCUACAAAUAAAUCUCAGUCUUCUUUCGAGGAGUACCGUGAUGCCAAGCUAUGGGAUGCACUGGAGGAAGUCAAGCUGGAGCCUCUCAUCAGCGAGCUUCCAAGUGGACUACAAAGCAAGAUUUCAGAGGGCGGCACCAACUUUAGUGUGGGUCAGCGUCAGUUGGUAUGUCUGGCUCGCGCUAUUCUUCGCGAGAAUCGUAUCCUGGUUAUCGACGAGGCCACAGCCAAUGUGGAUCCACAGACAGAUGCGCUUAUUCAGGCGAAAAUACGGAAUAAGUUCAGGGAGUGUACAGAGCUGACCGUAGCCCAUCGGCUAAACACGAUUAUGGACUCGAAGAAGGUCUUAGUCAUGGAUGCUGGGCAGUUGGUUUAAUUUACGUGACCUCUCAUCGAGAGGGUCAGAGCAGUUUCGGAAGUCUGUUAAAAGUUGCGAAGAAGACCCAUUUGACAUCACAGAAACUAAAAACUUCUUAGAAAGAAUUGAAAUGUUUAAUUAGAAAAUAUAUUAAAGUGCAUUUUCUUAAACAUCCCUAAUAAUGUUCGAGUAUUGACAAAUUUAUUUCAGUAUUCUGAUUUCCUAACCACGUUACAACAAAGCAGU